GUGCCAUGUGCUGCCUGCAGAUCGGAAGGUGAGCGAGCUUGGUCAUUUCCCUCUGGCUGGCCCCCUUUUAAUCCCGACAACGUUUUUCUACAGUGGGGAAGCCAGGGUGAAGGGUUGCUGCCGUGCUGUCGAAGUUCAAAUUAAGGGCUAGCGUGGAUGCGUAAAUUCCUGGUGCACUGCUCUCUCGCAAAACUGUCACAUCAAGAGUAAAGAAAAGGUUAACUUCAGCGAACGGUAUGGUCGACAACUCCACUAGCGGCAAGGCCCAGAUGACGAGUUUAUCCCAGGAGGGGGGUCUGAGCGGCGGCUUCCCGCAGGGCAUUGGCGGCAGUGCGGGCGUCAAACUUGAGGCUGUGAUGGAGCAGCUGCAGAAGCAGCAGCAAGCCAAGAUUGAGAUGGAGCGCAAGGAGCGGCACUUGAGGGAGGCGCAGAUCCUCUACGCCCAACAAAUGGCCGCCCAGCAGGCCAUCCUGGCCAGUGCCCGCGCUCAGGGCACCCCCCUGCCACCCGAGCUCUACGGCAAAAGCUCCAGAGACCGGGCACUGAAGGGUGGCGGCGGGCACCAGGCCAGCAGGGUGGCAACCCAGAGCAGCGUGGAGUCUGUGCGCGAGGAGGAGGAAGACGAAGAAGAGGACGAGGGCGAUGAGGAGGAAGGGAACGAUAUGGAGAGGCGGCGCGGUUCCGAGGGAGAGGAGGACGACGAUGAGGAGAUGAUGGAGGGAGAGGAGGGAGGCAGCGAGGACGAGGAGGGAGAGGGCCUGGAGUUCCUGAGGAAGCAGAGUCUGGCCCUCCAGCAGGCGGCUGCUGGUGUGGGCCCCUACCCCUUCCCCGUCUACGCCACCCCGGCCAAGAAGAGGCCGCGCUCCCCGGGCCCCGACGCCAAGGUGAAGGACGAGCCCGAGAACAAGAGCCUCUCACCAGCCGCGCCACACACCUUCUCCACACCCAACGGCCUGGGAGACUGGAACUUUGACGACUCCUUCAAGCAGAAUGGCAGCGGGGGCUGGAGCGAAGAGGGAGAAGGAGGCAGAGGAGCCAAAGGAGAGGCGUCCAGAGACUUUGCCAAGCUUUAUGAGCUGGACAGCGACCCCAACAGGAAGGAGUUUCUGGAUGACCUGUUCACCUUCAUGCAGAAGAGAGGAACUCCAGUGAACCGUAUCCCCAUCAUGGCCAAGCAGGUGCUGGACCUGUACAAGCUCUUCAAGCUGGUGACGGAGAAGGGAGGCCUGGUGGAGGUCAUCAACAAGAAGAUCUGGAGAGAGAUCACCAAGGGCCUCAACCUGCCCACCUCCAUCACCAGCGCAGCCUUCACCCUCAGGACACAAUAUAUGAAGUACCUGUACCCCUACGAGUGUGAGAAGAAGGCCCUGAGCUCUCCGGGCGAGCUGCAGGCGGCCAUCGACAGUAACCGGCGCGAGGGCCGGCGGCCCAGCUACAGCAACAGCCUGUACCGCUUCUCUCCCUCGCCGAGCGGCAGCCCCCACAUCCUCACCCCGCCCAAGAUACGACUCCCCGCCGCCGCACACAACGGUCUCCAGGACAACCCCAGCCCCGCCCUCAAGAAGGGCACAGUACCAGAGGAGGGUCCGGCCUCCAUGCUGCCGGGCCGCCUGCCCCUGGCCGCCUUGGCGCUGGGCCACCAGCAGCAGCUGGCGCGGGCCGCCACCCUGGAGCAGCUGCGGGAGCGCCUGGAGUCGGGCAUGGGCGGCCUGGGCGGCGCGCUGGGGGCGGCGGCAGCGGCGGGAGCCCUGAUGGGGGGCGGUGGUGGUGGCGGUGGAGAGGGCCAGGAGCACAGCAUGGCCAGGCUGGCGGAGGAGCAGCAGAGGCUACUGCAGCAGGCCUUCCAGCACAACCUGCUGGCCAUGGCCUCCCAGGUCAACCCAGCCCUGCGCCUGGGAGCCGCACGGGUGGCGGAGGAGAAGCAGGUGAAGCAGGAGAGGCAGCAGGAGCAGCAGGAGAAGGAGAAGAGGGAGAAACAGCAGGACAUGUCUCUCAGCAUCUCCUCCAACGGGUCCACUAGCAUCACCGUCUCCAUCGAGGUCAACGGGACCCUCUACUCAGGAACGCUGUAUGCCCAGAAGGCCUCUGCCUCAGUGCCAGUCUCCACAGCAGCUGCAGCGCCCCCUGCUGCCCAGAGCGCCAGUCCGGUGGUGGCCGCGGCGGGCCCCCUCUUGUCCACCCUGAGCCCCAGCCUGUCCACCUCCUCCUCCAAGGGCCCCGGCUCCAUCGACCCCCCUGGCAGCGCCUCCCCUUAACCCUUAACCCCCCCCCCUGCCACCCACACCACCCCAAAACACCUGA